AUGCGGUUUCAGUGUGGGAUUCCACCCAACAAUAAGGCAAUGAAAUGUGUAAAUUGUUUCGGCAAGAACACACUACUGCUGAAAGGGAGAAGGCCUUCGCUGCCUUCAACCGACCAGUUACAGACUAUUGGACAGGGAAGCAAAACUCUUAUUUGCAAUUUAUUUACAAAAACUGGACAUCCAUCUUCUCCUGAACACGUCUUCUUGAACUUUCCUGGAUAUUCAUUGACUCCAGUCAUUCAUCGCUCAAAUCCAAGUAAAUGCUACAAAGCGACUCCACAAAUUCCGCAAAAGAUCUCCCUUUUCAAGAGACGCAAAGCGAAAUUCCAAGAACAACAUAUACUACUCGCGUGCCUCUUAAUCAGUAGCAUCACCGUUACACUACUUCCUUCCGAUGCUUGGAGGGACUUGUGGAGAGUGGUUGACUUCCUGCUCCUUGCGCGCGCGCGCGAGUCUAUUCGGUUUUGUGAGAGACACACGUGGAGCCCAGCUGAAUUUCCCGUUUGUAAGGUUUCCACGAAACUGAAUGUACUGCACCAGGCCGCCUCAUGCUUCAGUUGGUACGAUAUUCCAGAUAUCGGGAUACCUGUCUAUACGCAAUGCACUACUCACCGGAAAAAAACACAAACGAGAGAUUCAGUCGGGUUCCAGGAAGCUACUACUCACGAGGUUUCAGAAGACUCUCCGACAGCCCGCGAACGGUUUGUAUCUAUUUGGGGCUCAUCACGUUGGCGCAGUCUCCGAGUUACCGUCAAUCGUAUGUUCUACUUGAACCCAAAAUGGACUGACUUUGACAAACACACCCAUUUGCAAAUCAAUUUGGUUUUCACAGGAGACUCAAGUGAACCUCUAGACUAUGAUGUUCUUCAAGAAGGGCGAAACCGGUCGUGCACUGUGCAACAAUUUUCAGCAACCUUAUAA